GCCAAGAGCUGUAUGUUUGGGAGCGAAAAGCGUCGAUACCGACCAACACACAGCUAAUUCAUGCAAGGAGGUUGUUCAAGCUUUGGAUGAGUGCCUAGUAUUGUGCCACAAUUGGGCUAGAGACGGCCCCUAGACUGUUUGUUGUGAAAUCUGAGUAAAGGGAGGGCUAUAUAGCCUCACCCUUGCCUGUUUGAAAUGAGCUCAGUUUACUAUUAUCAUCUUCGACAAUUUUCAUUUCCUGUGACUCGUCAUGCAUGAGUAAAUGUUGAACGGCAGCCCAUAAGAUCAACAACACCCCCGUCUCACAAGAUGCAUUUGUUCGCCUUAUUGUUUCUCCCUUUAUCGUUCGUUACACAGGUGAUGGGUACUAAAUUCGUCUCUCCAAUAUUCCAAGACACAGCAAAAGUUGGUCCAUACGCGAGAAAUGGCCAUUGGCCAUUAGGAUCGACUCAGGUCGUGGCAUUCGCAACGCCGUGGAAAGAGUACAGACUCGAACUCUGGCAGCAGAGCUUGGCCGGUGGCAGCGCUCGACGAUCGUCACAGUUCACUUAUAAGCAAAAGGCCAACGGCACCAUAUUGCCGCAAAGCUUUCAGUGGACCGUUCAAACUUACGAGCUUCAACUCUCUAGUUCUCCGAUUUUCUUCUUCUGGCUCUUCCAUGGCACUUCGGAUGCUCAGCAAAGUUCGGCGUACUUUAAUAUUACGGUCAACGCUUCACCCGACUCGGAAACGGUUUCGCGAGUAACUCCCACAACGUCAACUGAAACUUCUAACGUAGUUUCCAGCAUAUCGACAAUAGUCGCGCCUACAUCUAUCCCUCUGAGCUCGGAUAAUGUAUCCAACGGACUAUCGACAGGCGCAAAGGCAGGGAUAGGGGUUGGGGCUUCACUUGGAGGGAUCCUAGUCCUCAUAGUAGCCGGUGUCGUGUUCAUGAAGAGGAAGAGCUUACAUAAAGAACGGCAACAAGUCGCCGAACUUCAUGACUCUCAAACGAAGGCCUAUUCAUUUAACCCUUCCACAACUGUAGUAAUAACGGGUGGACACAACUCAAAACCUGACGAGGUACCUCAAUAUUAUUAUGAACAGCCCAGCGAGCUUAGAGCAUAGUUAGACUGUAUCAUGAAAGAGGCACGUAUAGGAUCAGAGGCGAAAGUCGGUUUCAUUGCAUUCGGUUGAAUGUAUAGUAUACUUAAUUCAGUUUCCGAUCUUCUGACAAUCUAUUAUUGAAUAAAACUGCUACCAUAUAGGCCAAGCCUUCAAGGUGCAUCUUAUAUUAAUCCUGG